GGCAUGGCGCACAUGAUCCUCCUCAAUGCCUUGGCGAUGAAGCUGCAGCGUGACCACUAUGCAGAGAGUUGGAAGGUGUUCCAGAAAGUGGAUGCUGAUCACAAUGGGAGCAUCUCACUGGAGGAAUUCCGUGCUGCCUGCUUUCAGCUUGAUGUCA